AGCGCAAAAGUGCUGCGCGGAGACCCUCCUUGGUAUCGGAUAGUGAAGUGGGUCUGCUGGCACCACCCCCGGAGGAGACUGGAGUCAGUCCUCUCGGACCUUGCAAUGGCGGGGAAGAAGGUGAGGCAGACAUGGUUGCAGUCACCAUCCCAGAGGAAAAAGAGGUGGAUCUGAAACCCUGCAUCCGAAGCCGGGUGGUCCUGAGCGGCCUAAGGGAUGACAUGUGGACAGAAGAGCAUGCUGCGACCCUGGAUCUCUUUCUGAAGGAUGUCAGUAAGCAAUUGCUCGUCGUCUACAUAGAUGAGUUUGCCGGACUGAAGGUUGAGCAGACCAUGCCACAUCAGGAGCAGAAACAGCUCACCUACUUCAUCCGCCAUGAGAAUGCCGAGAUCACCGCCGAGAAUUUCCAGAAGACAGUGCAAUUUGGCACCGUCCGGAGACCCUACAUUGAUUCCCUCGUGCGAAUUCUCAAUAGCGUCUUCCUCCCCCGCCUCUUCCACAACACCAAUUGGCCCGAGAGCAUCAAGAACGAAUUCUUCUCGGAAAUAUACCACUUCAUGACCUCUCUCACAGAUACCCGUUCGAAAAUGAAGGGCCGCACGGUGCUCUACAUCCCCAUUGAAGCCCUGAGCAUGAAGCCCGAAGUGGUAGUGAAGGACAAAGCACUGGUUCAGAGACUGGAAACUUCCAUGAUCCACUGGACGCGGCAGAUCAAGGAGGUGCUGCGAGCGCAGGAGGCGGUGGAGAGCAGGGAGAGCACGGGGCCGCUGGAGGAGAUUGAGUUCUGGACGAACCGCUGCACCGACCUGUCUGAGAUCAGCAAACAGCUAUGCAGGCAGGGAGUGACGCACAUCGAGUCCAUCCUGCUGCUCUCCAAGUCCUCCUACGUGGCACCCUUCCAGAGGCUUGCCAGACAGAUACAGGACGGGUCUGAGCAAGCGCAGUCGAACCUCCGCUUCCUUUCCAUCCUGAAAGAGCCGUUCCAGGAGCUGUCCACGCUGCGGCCCAAAGACAUCCCUGACAAGCUGCCCCGCCUCAUCAGCCUCGUCCGCAUCAUAUGGGUCAACUCCCCAUACUACAAUACCAGAGAGAGAAUCACAGCCCUCUUCCGAAAGAUGAGCAACAAAAUUAUCCUGAUGUGUUGCCAAGACAUUUCCCUGGACCGGAUUUUUGAGGGUUACGUGGUAUCCAGCAGACAGUCGCUCCACGACUGUAUCUCGUGUAUGAACGCCUGGAAGGAUUGUUACCUGUACGCAGCUCAGAUGCACAACAGGCUUUCCGGGAAAGGCUGGGUCCUGGACCAGACGAGCAUCUUCGCUCAAGUGGACGCCUUCGUUCAGCGCUGCAAAGACCUCCUGGAGGUUUGCGACUGCCAGCAGCACUUCGCCCGCUGGGAGGACGGGAAGCAGACCCCACUGCCCUGUUUCUUUGGGCACCGGGGUCCCCAGAUGACCCGGAACCUGCUGGAAAUAGAGGAGACCUUUCAGAAGCACCUGCACACCCUGCGGAACAUGAAGGGGGGGAUCCUAGACGUGAAGAACACGUUCUGGCACGAGGAUUUUAACCGGUUCCGCUCUGGCGUCAAAGACCUGGAGGUGAUGACCCAAAACCUGAUCACCUCGGCCUUCGAGACGGUGCGGGACGUGGAGCAUGGCGUGGAGAUCCAGGACAUCUUCCACCAUCUCUCCGCACGAGAGGCCAUCAAGCGCACCUUUGACAAGAAAGCCGUGGACGUCUACAUGCUGUUCAACCGAGAGCUCUCCCUGGUCAACAAGGAGCUGAGCAAGAAGCUGCCGUUCCUGCCGCCGCACAUGUGCCAUUAUUCAGGCCUGGCGCACUGGCUGCGGGCUCUGCGCCGGCGCAUCGACAGACCCCUAAAGUGUCUUUCCAAUGCCCACUUCUUGCCCCACAUUGGGACCGGGGAGGAGAGCUUUCAGGCCUACCAGCUGCUUGUCCAGGCCAUGGACGAGAUUGAGAGGAAGACCUUCCAGGAGUGGGCGCAGACCCUGGACAAAGACAGCCUGAAACGCCUGGACACCCCGCUCCUGAUCCCCAGCGCCGAGAAGAGCGGCAUGCUGGACAUUAAUUUUGACAAGGACUUGCUGAAAUUAUUUGUGGAAAUCCAUUACUGGGAGCGACUGCUCUUUGAGAUCCCCCACUACGUGGUGGAAGUUUACGACCGGAAGGAGGAUCUGCGCAACCUCCGCGAGAACCUGCUCCUGGUUGCCCGGGACUAUAACAGGAUCAUUGCGAUGCUGUCCCCGGAGGAGAGGGCCUUGUUCAAGGAGCGGAUCCGAUACCUGGACAAGAAGAUCCAGCCCGGCUUGAAGAAGCUGCACUGGUCGCUGAAAGGGGCCAGCGCGGCCUUCAUCAGUGAGUGCCGACUGCACGCCAGCAAGGUGCAGACCAUUGUGAACGAAUACAAGGCAGCCACCCUGACCGUCGCUCGCAGUGCCCAGCAGAUCAGCGAGGCGCUGCUCGUUCGGAUCACCGGCAAGCGGGUCUACAACGACUUGGAGUUUGAGGAGGACCAGAAGGAGCACCGGGCCUGGGUGCAGCAGAAGCUGAUGGGUAUCCACGAGGAGGUCAUCAACAUCAUGCGGCAAACCUAUGAAGUCUUCAAACACGAUAGCGCCGAGGUGCAGCAGUACUGGAUGGCCUACACCGUCAAGAUGAACAGAAUGAUGGAAGAGGCCUUCAGGCUCAACGUCAAAUGGUCCCUACUGGAACUCUCCAAGGCCAUCAAUGGAGAUGGCAAGACCACGCCUAACCCCCUGUUCAGGGUCAAGGUGAUCCUACAGGACAACUACCCGGCACCAUCUGCACAGGUGGAGUUUUCCCCAACUCUGGCCCAGCUCGCGAAUAUGGUCAAUGACAUCAGCAGCCACCUCAUCGCCAGCAUCUCCGUCUUCCGCCACCUGCCGGAGAUUCUGACCAAACGCAAAUUCCACCGCGAUCCCAUCUCGGUCCUCGUGGAGCGUGAUGAGGAUAUCAAGAAAAUCCAGGCACUGGUCAGUGGGGGCAUGCAAGCAAACGCCACGCACCUCCAGGCGUACCUGAAGACCUGGGAUGUCUACCGGGAGAUCUGGGAGGUCAACAAGGACUCCUUCAUUAACCGCUACCGGCACCUCAACCCACUUGUGUCUUCCUUCGAUGCAGACACUGCUCGGUACAUGGAGGUGGCCAACAACGUGCAGAAGGAGGAGACGGUGCUGAACAUCCAGUUCGUGAUGCUCGACUGCUCCCACCUCAAGUUCUCCGUGGUCCAGCACUGCAACGAGUGGCAGAACAAGCUCACCAACCUGCUGAAUGAGAUGGCCAGUACCCAGCUGCAGGAGCUGUACGCCUACCUCCAGGAGAACGCCAAGAAAGUCAGCCGGCCACCGCAGACGCUGGAGGAACUGGGCCAAAGCCUGCAGCUCCUGGACACCCUGCAGCAUGAGCUGCCGAAGCUAGAGGGGCAGAUCCCACCCAUCCACGAGCAGUUUGCCAUUCUGGAGAAGUACGAAGUGACCGUGGACGAGGGGGUGCUGCAGACACUGGGAGCGCUCAACUCGGAGUGGCUGUCCUUCCAGCAGUGCAUCCUGGAGAGCGAUGUCAUGCUAAAGAAACACAAGGAGAAAUUCAAGACGGGCCUGAUCCAUUCUGCGGACGAUUUCAAGAAAAAGGCCCAGGUCCUUCUGCAGGAUUUUGGCACCAAAGGUCCAUUCACCUGUGCUGUGAGCUGCGAGACAGCCCUGGAGCAGAUCGCGGUGAUGCGGCAGCUGCUGGCCACCAUGAAGGAUGAGGAGAGCACCCUGCGCUCCAACCUGGGCAUCUUCAAAAUCGAACAGCCUGCUUCCAAAGACCUGCAGAAGCUCGAGAAGGAGCUGGACUACCUGCAGCAGGUGUGGGAGAUCACCAAAGAGUGGGAAGACCACUGGAACGAGUGGAAGACAGGAAGCUUCAAGACCCUGCAAACGGAGGUGAUGGAGACCACGGCUUAUGGGCUCUUCCGGAAGCUCAACAAGCUGAGCCGGGAGCUCAAGGAUCGGAACUGGGAAAUUAUCGAGACUUCCAAGGCGAAGGUCGAGCAGUUUAAGAGGACAAUGCCCCUGAUCUCAGACCUCAGGAACCCAGCCUUGCGGGAGAGGCAUUGGGAUCAGGUGAAGGACUUGGUCCUCAGGACGUUUGACCAGGAUGCUGAAGAUUUCAGGCUGGAGAAUAUUGUGGAGCUCGGCCUGGAUCAACACGUGGAGAAAAUCAGUGAGAUCUCUGCGUCGGCCUCCAAGGAGCUGUCUAUCGAGCUGGCCCUGCAAGCCAUCGCCAAGACCUGGGAUGUCGUGCUGCUAGAUAUUGUGCCGUACAAGGACAAGGGACACCACCGCCUCAGGGGGACUGACGAGGUGUUCCAGGCGCUGGAGGAUAACCAGGUCUCCCUCUCCACCAUGAAGGCCUCGCGCUUCGUCAAGCCCUUUGAGAAGGAGGUGGACCGCUGGGAGCGCUGCCUCUCACUCAUCCUGGAGGUGAUCGAGAUGGUGCUGACUGUGCAGAGGCAGUGGAUGUACCUGGAGAACAUCUUCCUGGGAGAAGACAUCCGGAAGCAGCUGCCCCAGGAGUCGGCCUCCUUCGAUCAGAUCAACGCCAGCUGGAAGACGAUCAUGGACAGACUGAACAAGGAUAACAACGCGCUGCGCGGGACGCAUUUCCCAGGCCUCCUGGACAAGCUGGUGGAGAUGAACAGCGCCCUGGAGGAGAUCCAGAAAUCCCUGGACAUGUACCUGGAGACCAAGCGCCACAUCUUCCCCCGCUUCUACUUCCUGUCCAACGACGACCUGCUGGAGAUCCUGGGCCAGUCGCGCAACCCCGAGGCCGUCCAGCCCCACCUCAAGAAGUGCUUUGACAACAUCAAGUCCCUCAAAAUCCAGAAGGUGGGAAUGGGCAACAAGUCCGAAGCCGUGGGCAUGUACUCCUUGGAUGGGGAGUACGUGGAGUUCGCCCACUCCGUGCUGCUGGAAGGGCCCGUGGAGGAGUGGCUGUGUGACGUGGAGCGGGCCAUGCGCCUGACCCUGAAGGAGCUGCUGCGGAACUGCCGCCUGGCCCUGAAGAAGAUGCUGACGAAAAGGGACAAGUGGGUGAAGGAGUGGGCCGGACAGAUGGUGAUCACUGCCAGCCAGAUCCAGUGGACGACGGACGUCACCAAGUGCCUGGCCAACUGCAAGGAGCGAGGUGACAAGAAAUUCCUCAAGGUCAUGAAGAAGAAGCAGGUGUCCCUGCUGAAUAAAUACUCUGAGGCCAUCCGGGGCAGCCUGACCAAGAUCAUGCGCCUGAAGAUCGUCGCGCUGGUGACGGUGGAAAUCCACGCGCGGGAUGUCAUAGAAAAGCUCUACAAGAGCAGCUUGAUGGACGUGACGUCCUUCGAGUGGCUAAGUCAGCUCCGCCUCUACUGGGACAAGGAUCUGGACGACUGUGUCAUCAGGCAAACCAACACCCAGUUCCCUUACGGCUACGAGUACCUGGGGAACUCCGGACGCUUGGUCAUCACGCCACUCACCGACAGGUGCUACAUCACUCUGACCACAGCCCUCCACCUCCACCGGGGAGGGUCUCCCAAAGGCCCUGCCGGCACAGGGAAAACGGAGACUGUGAAAGACCUGGGGAAGGCCCUGGGCAUGUAUGUGAUUGUAGUGAACUGCUCCGAAGGCCUGGACUAUAAAUCCAUGGGGCGCAUGUACUCGGGCCUGGCUCAGACAGGAGCCUGGGGCUGCUUUGACGAGUUCAACCGCAUCAACAUUGAGGUGUUGUCUGUGGUGGCCCAGCAGAUCCUCUCCAUUCUCUCUGCCUUGGCCGCCAACAUGACCUCCUUCAUCUUUGAGGGCCAUAAGAUCAAGCUGGUGUGGUCCUGUGGCAUCUUCAUCACCAUGAACCCAGGUUACGCCGGACGCACAGAGCUGCCCGACAACCUCAAGUCCAUGUUCCGCCCCAUCUCCAUGGUGGUGCCGGACUCCACGCUCAUCGCAGAGAUCAUCCUCUUCGGAGAAGGGUUCAGCAACUGUAAGCUCCUGGCUAAGAAGGUCUACACCCUGUACUCGCUGGCAGUGCAGCAGCUGUCCAAGCAGGACCACUACGACUUCGGCCUGCGGGCGCUGACGUCACUGCUCCGCUACGCCGGGAAGAAGCGCAGGGUGCACCCCGACAUCACCGACGAAGAGAUCCUCCUGAUGGCCAUGAAGGACAUGAAUAUUGCCAAGCUCGCCUCAGUCGACGUGCCCCUCUUCAACGGCAUUGUCCAGGACCUCUUCCCGGGCAUCGAGUCGCCGGUCAUUGACUACGGGAAGCUGAAGGAAGCCAUCGAGCUGGAGCUGAAGGGGAUGGGGCUGCAGCUGAUCCCCUUCACCAUCACCAAGGUCAUCCAGCUCUACGAGACCAAGAACUCCCGCCACUCCACCAUGAUCGUGGGCAACACGGGCAGCGGCAAGACGGUCACCUGGCGCACCCUGCAGGCCACCAUGUCCGCCCUGUGCCGGAGCGGGGACGCCGCCUACAACCUCGUCCGGGAAUUCCCCCUGAACCCCAAGGCCGUGUCCCUGGGCGAGCUGUAUGGAGAGUACGACCUCAGCACCGGCGAGUGGACCGAUGGCAUCCUGUCCAGCGUCAUGAGGGCGGCCUGCGCAGACGAGAAGCCCGAUGAGAAGUGGAUCCUGUUUGACGGGCCGGUGGACACCCUGUGGAUCGAGAGCAUGAACUCGGUCAUGGACGACAACAAAGUCUUGACCCUGAUCAACGGGGAGCGGAUCUCCAUGCCCGAGCAGGUCUCGCUGCUCUUCGAGGUGGAAAACCUAGCGGUGGCCUCACCCGCCACCGUCUCCCGCUGCGGGAUGGUUUACACGGACUACAGCGACCUGGGCUGGAAACCCUACGUCCACUCCUGGAUCGAGAAGCGCCCCAAGGGGGAGACGGAAGCUCUGCAGCGGAUGUUUGACAAGUUCAUCGACAAGAUGCUGACCUUCAAGAAGGAAAACUGCGAGGAGCUGGUCCCCAUCCCCGAGUACAGCGGGAUCGUGUCACUCUGCAAGCUCUUCUCUGCUCUGGCCACCCCAGAGAAUGGGGUGAACCCAGCAGAUGGCGAGAACUACACCACAGUGGUGGAAAUGUACUUCAUCUUCAGCAUGAUCUGGUCUGUGUGCGCGGCGGUGGACGAGGAGGGCAGGAAGAAGAUUGACAGCUACCUGCGAGAGAUGGAAGGCUCCUUCCCUAACAAGGACACCGUCUACGAGUAUUUUGUCGACCCCAAGAGGAAGAACUGGGCCUCGUUUGAGGACAAGCUGCCCAAAAUGUGGAGGUACCCAUCCAACGCCCCCUUCUAUAAGAUCAUCGUCCCCACGGUGGACACGGUGCGCUACAACUACCUGGUGAACGCCCUGGUGUCCAAUCAGAACCCAGUGCUGCUCGUGGGCCCGGUCGGCACCGGGAAGACCUCCAUCGCCCAGAGCGUGCUGCAGUCCCUGGACAACACCAAGUGGGCCGUGCUGACCGUCAACAUGUCGGCACAGACCACAUCCAACAACGUGCAGAACAUCAUCGAGAGCCGGGUGGAGAAGAGGACCAAGGGGGUCUACGUGCCCAUGGGCGGCAAGAGCAUGAUCACCUUCAUGGAUGACCUCAACAUGCCGGCCAAGGACGCCUUCGGCUCCCAGCCCCCGCUGGAGCUGCUGCGCCUCUGGAUCGACUACGGCUUCUGGUACGACCGCGAGAAGCAAACCAUCAAAUACAUCAAGGACAUGUUCCUGAUGGCGGCCAUGGGCCCCCCGGGGGGCGGCCGAACCGUCAUAUCCGGCCGGCUUCAGAGCAGAUUCAACCUCAUCAACAUGACCUUCCCCACGGAGACGCAGAUCCGGCGCAUCUUCGGCACCAUGCUCAACCAGAAGCUGCAGAACUUCGAGGAGGCGGUAAAGCCGCUUGGCAACGUCACCACCGAGGCCACGGUCGAGCUGUACCACGCUGUGGUGCAGAAGUUCCUGCCCACGCCCGCCAAGAUCCACUACCUUUUCAACCUGCGCGACAUCUCCAAGGUGUUCCAGGGCAUGCUGCGGGCGCACAAGGACUUCCACGAUACCAAGCCCAGCCUCACCCGCCUGUGGAUUCACGAGUGCUUCAGGGUCUUCUCCGAUCGCCUGGUGGACUCGGCCGACAAGGACGCCUUCGUCGCCCUCCUGAGCGAGAAGCUGGGCUCCUUCUUCGACCUGACCUUCCACAACCUCUGCCCCAGCAAGCGCCCGCCCAUCUUCGGGGACUUCAUGCGGGAGCCGCGGGUGUACGAGGACUUGGUGGACCUGUCGGCCCUGAAGCUGGAGAUGGAGCGGGCGCUGGACGAGUACAACCAGACGCCCGGCGUGGUGCAGAUGCAGCUCGUGCUCUUCAGAGAUGCCAUCGAACACAUUACCCGGAUCGUGCGGGUGAUCGGCCAGCCGCGAGGGAACAUGCUGCUGGUGGGCAUCGGGGGCAGCGGGCGCCAGAGCCUGGCACGCCUGGCCUCCUCCAUCUGCGAGGACCAGACCUUCCAGAUCGAGGUGACCAAGCACUACCGCAAGCAGGAGUUCAGAGAUGACAUCAAGAAGCUGUACCGGCAGGCAGGGGUGGACCUGAAACCCACCACCUUCCUCUUCGUGGACACGCAGAUCAUGGACGACUCCUUCCUGGAGGACAUCAACAACAUCCUGAGCUCCGGGGAGGUGCCCAACCUCUACAAGGCCGACGAGUUUGAGGAGAUCCAGUCCGUGAUCCUGGACGCGGCCCGAGCCGAUGGCAUCCCUGAGACGGCCGACAGCCUCUUUGGCUACCUGAUUGAGAGGGUGCGGAACAACCUGCACGUGGUGGUCUGCCUCAGCCCCAUCGGGGACCCCUUCAGGAACUGGAUCCGUCAGUACCCGGCGCUGGUGAACUGCACCACCAUCGACUGGUUCUCGGAGUGGCCGCACCAGGCGCUGCUGGAGGUGGCAGAGAAGUACCUCGAGGGUGUGGACCUGGGGGGCCUGCCGGAGGUGAGAGCCGCACGUGGGGUGUGCUGGGGGGCAGGCCAGGGCCCCCGGGAGAUCGGCCAGGGGAGCCGGUGCUCAGAGUGGCCACUGAUGAUCGACCCGCAGUGCCAGGCCUCCAAGUGGAUCAAGAACAUGGAAGCUGCCAAGGGCCUGAAGAUCAUCGACCUGCAGAUGGGCGACUAUCUGCGGGUGCUGGAAGGCGCCGUGCAGUUCGGCUCGCCCGUGCUGCUCCAGAACGUGCAGGAGGAGCUGGACCCCUCGCUCGCCCCCAUCCUCAACAAGUCCGUCACCAGAAUUGGCGGGCGCCUGUUGCUGCGGCUGGCGGACAAGGAGGUGGAGUACAGCCCCGACUUCCGCUUCUACCUCACCACCAAGCUGUCAAACCCCCACUACACCCCGGAGACCUCCUCCCAGACCACCAUCGUCAACUUCGCCGUCAAGGAGCAGGGCUUGGAGGCCCAGCUGCUGGGCACCGUGGUGCGGAAGGAGCGGCCCGAGCUGGAGGAGCAGAAGGACUCGCUCGUGCUCAACAUCGCGGCCGGCAAGAGCAAGCUGAAGGAGCUGGAGGACGAGAUUCUGAGGCUGCUGAACGAAGCCACCGGCUCGCUGCUGGACGACGUGCAGCUGGUGAACACCCUGCAGACCUCCAAGGUGACGGCCAGCGAGGUGACGGAGCAGCUGGAGACCAGCGAGACCACGGAGAUCAAGAUCGACACCGCCCGCGAGGCCUACAGGCCCUGCGCCCAGAGAGCCUCCAUCCUCUUCUUCGUGCUCAAUGACAUGGGCCGCAUCGACCCCAUGUACCAGUUCUCCCUGGAUGCCUACAUUGACCUGUUCAACAUGAGCAUCCACAAGAGCCACCGCAGCACCAAACUGGAGGAGCGGAUCCGCUACCUGAACGAGUACCACACCUACGCCGUGUACAGGUUCACCUGCCGCGGCCUCUUUGAGCGCCACAAGCUGCUCUUCAGCUUCCAGAUGUGCGCCAAGAUCCUGGAGACCUCGGGCAACCUCAAGAUGGACGAGUACAACUUCUUCCUGCGGGGGGGCGUGGUGCUGGACCGGGAGGGGCAGAUGGACAACCCCUGCAGCAGCUGGCUGACCGACACCUACUGGGACAACGUCACCGAGCUGGACAAGCUCACCAACUUCCACGGCAUCAUGAACUCCUUCGAGCAGUAUCCGCGGGACUGGCACCUCUGGUACACCAGCGCCAAGCCUGAGAAGGCCCUGCUGCCAGGCGAGUGGGAGAACUCCUGCAACCAGAUGCAGCGGAUGCUGGUGGUGCGGUCCCUGCGGCCGGACCGCGUCGCCUUCUGCGUCACGUUCUUCAUCGUCUCCAACCUGGGCUCCCAGUUCAUCGAGCCGCCAGUGCUCAACAUGAAGUCGGUGGUGGAGGACUCCACGCCCCGGACCCCCCUGAUCUUCGUGCUGUCCCCCGGCGUGGACCCCACCUCCUCGCUGCUGCAGCUGGCCGAGCAGUCGGGCAUGGCCCAGCGCUUCCAUGCCCUGUCGCUGGGGCAGGGCCAGGCCCCCAUCGCCACCCGCAUGAUCCAGGAGGGGGUCCGGGACGGGAACUGGGUGUUCCUGGCCAAUUGCCACCUCUCGCUGUCCUGGAUGCCGCAGCUGGACAAGCUGGUGGAGCAGCUGCAGGUAGAGGAGCCGCACCCGGCCUUCCGCCUCUGGCUCAGCUCCAGCCCCCACCCCGACUUCCCCAUCUCCAUCCUGCAGGCCAGCAUCAAGAUGACCACGGAGCCCCCCACGGGUCUCAAGGCCAACAUGAAGCGCCUGUACCAGCUGGUGACGGAGCCGCAGUUUGGGCGCUGCACCAAGCCGGCCAAGUACAAGAAGCUGCUGUUCGCCCUCUGCUUCUUCCACAGCGUCCUGCUGGAGCGCAAGAAAUUCCUGCAGCUCGGCUGGAACGUGGUGUAUGGCUUCAACGACUCCGACUUCGAGGUGUCAGAGAACCUGCUGAGCCUGUACCUGGACGAGUAUGAGGAGACGCCCUGGGACGCCCUCAAGUACCUGAUCGCAGGCGUCAACUACGGGGGCCAUGUGACGGACAGCUGGGACCGGCGCCUGCUCACCACCUACAUCAACGACUACUUCUGCGAGCAGAGUCUGGCCGCGCCCUUCUACAAGCUGUCGGUGCUCGACACCUACUACAUCCCCAAGGACGGGAACCUGGCCUCCUACCGGGAGUUCAUCAGCAUGCUGCCCGGCAUGGACCUGCCCGAGGCCUUCGGCCAGCAUCCCAACGCCGACGUGGCCUCCCAGAUCACCGAGGCCAGGACCCUCUUUGAGACCCUACUGUCCCUGCAGCCCCAGAUCACGCCCAGCGGGGCCGCCGGGCAGAGCCGCGAGGACAAGGUCCUGGAGCUGUCGGCCGACGUGCUGAGCAAGAUCCCGCAGGAGCUGGACUACAGGGGCACCCAGAAGGUGCUGGCCGACGACCCUUCGCCCCUCAACGUGGUGCUGCUGCAGGAGAUCCAGCGCUACAACGCCCUGCUGCAGGUCAUCAGGUCCUCGCUGGUGGAGCUGGAGAGGGGCAUCCAGGGGCUGGUGGUCAUGUCCACCACUUUGGAAGAGAUCUUCAACUGCAUCUUCGACGCCCGAGUGCCCCCCAUGUGGGAGAGGGCCUACCCCUCGCUGAAGCCGCUGGCCGCCUGGACCCGGGACCUGGGCCAGCGGGUGGAGCAGUUUGCUCGCUGGGCCGAGACGGCGCAUCCCCCCGUGCUCUUCUGGCUCUCCGGCUUCACCUUCCCCACUGGGUUCCUGACGGCCGUGCUGCAGGCGGCCGCCCGCCAGAACAACUGUGUGCGUUGGUGA